UUCUACCUUCGAUUUUUGCUUAUCCCUUCGUAAAAGUAUGCUUCAGCCCUUAGUAAUCGAUCAGAAUCACAACCGCCCCCAAAAUCCCCAACUUUUUUUUUCAUUGAACAGCUCCCCCGACGGUCGGCGUCUCCGGCGACGAUCAGUUAGGGCUUCUGAAUGGCUGAAGAGGUACACACACAAGAAACUGGAAAUGGCCUGAAUAAGAGGAGAAUAGGGCACAAGAAGGGUGGCAAGGCAAAGAAGAAGCAAAAAGUGUUUCAGGGCUCCAGGGAGAAGAAGGUUAAAAUAGACAAGAGAAUGCAAAAACUUUAUAGCAAAAGGGCGAGGGACUACAAUUCUGAUGAUGAUGAUGAGGAUGAUGAUGAUGAUGAUGAGCCUUCCCAUGUUGCUAGAAAUGGAAAUGAACAAUCAUAUGGCAGAAAUAAGGUGUUUGAUGGAAAAUCUUCGGACGAAGAAGAAGAGGAACCCCAAAAUGAUGACAUGGAGCAUGAAAUGUCUGAAGAUGAAGAUGGUGAAAUUCAGCCAGGAAUUACGAAGUUCUCAGAAGGCUGUAACGCUUUCCGGAUGGCAUUCAAGAAAAUUACAAAGACGAAUAUUUCGGAUGAUCUGCUGGGCCCUGUAUUAUCAGCACACAAGAAGCUACUGGCAGAGAAGCUUGCUGAAGAAGAAACUGAAAGGAAAGUCAAGGGGGAGGCAAAAAAGGAGAAGCAGUUGAUAAGGGAGAAGGGGCACGUGAAGCCUGCUAAUUUCUUGGAUUCCCAUGAGAAGUUUCUUAUUGGAGUUGCUACAAAAGGAGUGGUCAAGCUAUUUAAUGCUGUCAACAAAGCUCAAAUUGCUCAGAAGGGAUUGAAUCCGUCAAGGUCUAAAGAUGCAAAAGCAAUAAGAAAGCGGAGGAAAGAAGCCUUCUUUUCAGAGUUGGGCAAGACACCAUCACAAACAGCUGUAACUCUCGCUAAGGCUGGUACAUCCAGAGGCACAGUUGACGGUGAAGGUCCUGCCUGGGCUCCCCUGCGUGAUGGUUACAUGCUAACAAAUCCCAAGUUUAAGGAUUGGGAUAAGAUGCAGGAUACAACGGUGGAAGAUGAUGUUGGAAGGGUGUCAUCAGAUAGUUCAUCCGAUGAUGACUGACGUGUGGAACACCAACAAGAGCUGGGUGCUUUGUUGUUCGUUACUCUCUCCUUGAUGCCAAAGUUUUGUAAUGAGUACUUUGUCAUACCGGAUAGAUUUUUCAAGUAAUUUAAUCAAUAGUUUGGCUCCAAA